UGUUCAGUCUGAAGACUCACUACAGCUGUGUAUAAAUCUCUUUAACUAUAUGGCUUUAUUGGAAACACUUCUCCUGAAUGUCUCCAGCACAGGAGCUUUACUCGCUGCUCUUCUGCUGCUUUUGGUUAUUUGUUUCUGCUUCAGGUCUCCAGAAGAUGACCAAGAACCUCCAGGACCCAAACCACUGCCACUCGUGGGAAACCUGCACAUUCUGGACCUUAAACAACUUCAUGUGAGCCUCUGGAAUUUAUCCAAGAAAUAUGGGUCAGUGUUCAAAGUUCAUCUUGGACCCAAAAAGAUUGUGGUUUUGGCCGGAUACAAGGCGGUUAAACAAGCACUAGUGAACCAGGCUGAUGAAUUCGGGGAAAGAGACAUCACACCCAUAGUCCAAGACAUCAAUGAAGAACAUGGAAUCAUCUUUACAAAUGGUGAUAGGUGGAAAACCAUGAGAAGAUUUGCUCUCUUAACUCUUCGAGAUUUUGGGAUGGGAAAGAAACUGAGUGAAGAGAAAAUCAUUCAGGAGACACGAUAUCUGCGGGAAGUUUUUGAGACCUUUAAAGGAAAUCCUUUUGAUACAACCCAGCCAGUAAAUUAUGCCGUUUCUAACAUCAUCUCAGCUAUUGUUUAUGGAAAUCGGUUCGAAUAUGAGGACCCAAAGUUUAACGAAAUGGUUGACAGGGCAAACCAGAUCAUCCACAUGACCGGCUCUGCUGCCAUACAGAUCUACAACAUGUUUCCAGUGCUUAGGCCGUGGCUGAAGACCUGGAGACGGCUUAUGGCAAGUUUGGAUAAAUACCAUGCUGAAAUGCAGGUGCUGGUGGAUCGCUUACAGGAGACCUUUAACCCUCUUGACUGCAGAGGAUUAGUUGAUGCCUUCCUCAUCCAAAAACAAAGCUUAGAGAAAUCUGGAGAAAAUGAUUCGCAAUAUAAUGAUCUGAACCUGCUCAUGACUGUGUCCAACUUGUUUGGUGCUGGUACUGACACCACCGGCACAACGAUACGCUGGGGUUUACUGCUCAUGGCCAAAUAUCCUCAUGUACAAGAUCGGGUUCAUGAGGAAAUUGACAGGGUGCUUGACGGACGUGAACCGGUUACAGAGGACAGGAAGAAUUUACCUUACACAGACGCUGUGAUUCAUGAAAUCCAGAGACUGGCAAAUUUAGUGCCCUUGAAUCUGCCACAUAAAACCUGCUGUGAUGUGAACUUCAAUGGAUAUCUAAUCAAGAAGGGGACGUGUGUUCUGCCACUGCUGACGUCUGUUUUGAGAGAUGAGAGCGAGUGGGAGACACCCAACACUUUCAACCCUGAACACUUCCUCAAUGAGAACGGUCAGCUGAUCAAACGUGACGCCUUCAUGCCAUUCUCUGCAGGUCGCAGGGUUUGUUUAGGAGAGGGUUUGGCCAGGAUGGAGCUCUUUCUGUUCUUCACUUCUCUUCUUCAGUAUUUUCACUUCACUCCUCCACCUGGAGUCUCUGAAGAUGAAUUGGAUCUCACACCAGUUGUGGGUCUCGUCUUGAACCCCUCACCACACAAACUGUGUGCAGUCAGUAGGGCAGAAAAACACAACCUCAGCUCAUAAAUAAAAUAGCAGAAUAACUAGUUAAAUAUAUACCUCAUGAUUGUAAAACCUAAAGACUCUUACAGUGGCGUCCAGUGACUUCAUUUCCGAGGGCGCACAUCUCUUUUCUCAUAAACCAUUUUGACACAUGUGCAGCAGGCUCCUAUUUUGACAAGUCGCAUGAUCGGACACAUAAUGAAAUUGAGCCCCUCGGAAGAGAAUUCACCGGCCACCACUGGACUCUUGUAUCACAUUAUAAGACUCUUAGACUAUUAUAUUAUCUCAAUAGCUUUAACAUUAUACAUGUACAUUCUGUGCCUAAACAUAUUCAUAUAUUUCAAGUUGGUGUAAAAAUGUAUAAGCUGUAUAAAUAUAUAUAGAUGAUUUAUGCAUUUGACAGAUACUUGUAUUCAAACUGAUUUACAGGGCAUUUAAGCUAUACAUGUAUCAGUAUUUGUGUUCACUGGGAAUCAAACCCAUGACUUCCAAUGCUCUACCAGUUGAGCACAGGAAUAUGAUAUUUUGGCGAUGAUGAAAUAAAAUGCUGUUCUAGAGAAAAUCAAAUCAGCUUAAUUUGUAUUUUGAGCAGAAGACUGCAAAUUAGUCAAAGCUUUUCCUCAUUUCACUACUUUUUCUUAAUUAUGUGCAUAAAAUAAAUCAAACAUCUUUAAAUGAGAUGGUGCUGCUCCCUGCUGGACAUUUGUUACAAAAUCAAACCUGGCAUGAGAAAAUAGACAAGUGUGAUACACAUGUAAGUAGUACUUGCUCUAAUUCGACCAAUGCAAAAGUCUUCUUACAUCCUCAUACUGGUAAGAAAUAUUCUAUUUCUUCAUCCAUCAAUUGCAAUAGUACACAUGUAGUAUACCUUUUAAAAUGUCCCUGUGGACUUGCUGAACAUAAAACAGCAAUUCGUACCCAGAAUUUAACUUACGCCAUGGCGAGACAUUAUAAACAGGCAAAUCACAUGGUUCACCUGCAUUACUAAAAUUUUGGGGAAGUUUAGAGGUGGUUAUAUUAUCAAAAAACUCCUAUGCAGGAAAGCUUUUUGGAUACAUACAUUAAAACUCUGGAACCAUUUGGUCUAAAUGAAGAAUUAAGUUUAACAUGCUUUCUUCAAACAUUUCAACAUAUUAAAUGUAGUAUGUAAGAUAGACAUUUUUAUUUUAGUUGUAGUGUGAAUUUUUUGUAUAUGUAUCUGUGUUUGGGCAUUUGCCCUUUAAUGAUUGAUCAGUGAAUGUGAUACCUGGGUUCAGAUACAGCAGGGAAAAUAAGUAUUUGACACAUCAGCAUUUUUAUCAGUAAAAGGAUUUGAGCUACUGUAUUGAGACAAAAUUUCCACCAGAUGUAGCCAUCAAGCCAAAUAUUGAAUUCAUACAAAAGAAAUCAGAACAUUUAAGUAUACAAGUUGGGUCAUAAUAAAUAAAUUGAAAUGACACAGGGAAUAAGUAUUGAACACACUUUAUUUAAUAUUUUGUAGAAAAGCCUUUGUUGGUGAUUACAGCUUCUAGACGCCUCUUGUGUGGAGAGCAGUGCUGGGGUAACACAUUACAAGUAACUUGCAUUACGUAAUAAUAUUACUUGUCUGAAGUAACGAGUAAAGUAACGCAUUACUUUUUAAAUGUACACAUUAAUAUUUAAAAAAAGUAAUGCAAGUUACUUUUCAGUUUAAUUAAUUUGAUAUAAGAAAUGUACUGAAUUAAACUAAACUUAUAGCACGUGUCUGUUGAAAGCUUUAUUCUGAUUGGCUGAGAAAUGUUCCAUGGGUGUUGAUUAUUUUUCUGUAAACCUAACCUGUCAAAUGUCUUAAAAUAGGCACCAGAGCAAUGUUUGUGGUAACCGUGGCAUAAGAGGAAUAAUUGACUCCGGUCCUUUUAAUUUUCUUAUAAUUCAACAGCCCAUAAUCAAUUAUUCCUUACAUAUUAAUGUAGAAUUAUGCACUCUAUGCUUUGCGGCAGAGCAGGAACAUUUUAAGUCAGAAACGGCGCUGGCAGGCCAGAGCUUGACAUUUUUGCAACAGAAAUAAGCAGUUUCUGAAUGCAGAACUUCUCUGUCAUAAACAACACCUGCAAAGCCUGAAAGAAAUCAAGCCUCAGCUAAGUAAGAAAAAGUAACGCAAAAGUAACGGAAGCAUUACUUUUCAUUAGAAGUAACGCAAUUAGUCACUUUUUUAAGGGAGUAACUUAAUAUUGUAAUGAAUUACUUUCAAAAGUACAACAUCCCAACACUGGUGGAGAGACCAGUCGUCUGCAUUGCUCAGGAGUGAUUCUGGCCCAUUCUUCCACACAAAUGGUCUUUAAAUCUUGAAGGUUCCUUGGGCCUUUUUUAUGAACUUUGAUCUUCAGUUCUCUCACUGGGCCAUUCAAGCAACUUGAUUUUCUUUCUUUGAAACCACUUCUUGUUUCCUUGGCCUUGUGUUUGGGAUCACUGUUUUGCUUAAAAGUCCACCCUCUUUUCAUUUUCAGCUUUCUGGUAGAUUGCAUCAGAUUUUUAUCCAGAAUGUCUCGGUACAUUUCUCCAUUCAUCCUGCCUUCAAUAAUAUGAAGUCUGCCAGUACCCCUUUCUUAAAAGCAGUCCCAAACCAUGAGGCUUCCACCCAAAACUUAACUGUUGGUAUGGUGUUCUUGGAGUGGUGGGCAGUGCCAUUUAUUCUCCAAACAUUGUGUGUAGAAUGACUGCCAAAAAGUUAAAUUUUGCUUUCAUGUAACCAUAUUAUAGUCUCCCAAUAUUCCACAGGCUUCUCCAAAUGCUCUUUUGCAAACUUUAACUGAGCCUCAACAUGCAUUUUGUUCAGCAAUGGAGUCUUGCGUGGUGAGCGUGCAUGGAUGCCAUGGCGGUUCAGUGCAUUGCUUAUAGUUUUCUUUGAAACAACAGUACCUGCUGAUACAAGGUCUUCCUGAAGUUCUGUCCGAGUAGUUUUUGGCUCUUGGAGAACUCUCCCAAUUAUUCUUUGGACUCCUCGGACAGGGAUCUUACGUAGAGCACCUGAUCAUGGCCGGUUUAUAGUGAAGUGAUGCACUUUCCAUUUCCGGAUAAUGGCCCCACAGUGCUCACAGGAACAUUCAGCAAUCUGGAAAUGCGCCUAUAACCAUUCCCAUCAAAAUGCUUUUCAAUGAUAAGAUUACGAAGAUCUUGAAAGAGUUCUUUGCCUUUACCCAUCAUGAAAAUUGCUGAAGUGUCAAAUACUUAUUUUCCCUGCUGUAGGUAGAGUUGUGGAUUGCCUACGCCCCCUUACGCACCUGAUAAUGAUUUUUAUUAAGGGCUUCAUUGCCCGUGUUUUACCCAGGGCUCUGAUGAAGAUGUAAUUGUGCAUUGAAAUGUUAAUCAUUAUUGUGCACCUUUAUUAAAUUAUUUUUAACAUAGACAUCUGUGCUGCACCAGUGAACCCUUUUGUCAUUGUUGUUCCGUCCUUCUUUGAUUGCACAGGAUUGUUGUGGAUUACAGAAGUGCAGAUAACUCUCCCUUUUACUUGUCAAGAUGACUUUCAGUUCACAGUAAAAAGAAAACA